ACACAGUCACGUAUUUUUAUGUUACAUAAGAUUUUUUAUUUACUAAAAAAUUAAGGUGUGCUCUUUUAUACGAUGUUAUCCCUAAAGUUCAUGCCCUUUUCCAACACCGUGCAAGGUUUUUGUUGUCCGUUGACUCUAACUUCACUCCGUGAAAGUUAUUUUCCUACGAUCUUUUUUAAAUAUAUCAUUACAGUCCAGUUACCUUACCAGCAAAUUUGCUUUACGUGAAUUUAUGUUUUCUUUUGUUCUUUUGUUUGUUUUUUUCCCCGCAUUUAUUGGAUUCAGUUGUUUGGCAACUUAUAAGACUUUGAAAGUGGAAGUGAGUCAGUAAAGCCAUGCUUUAAUGUCUAAACAGGAAAAAAGAUAGAAACAAAUUGCAUCAUUUAGCAUUUUUAUCUAGCUUUAAACAAAACAAGCAUGGCCAAACACGCGGUGUUGUCAUCGGGUGCAAAAAUGUGGAGAUCUAUGUGUUGUUUAAAGUCAGAGCUACGUCUGGAUCUCACACUUGCCUGUGGACAGUCUUUCCGCUGGAGAGAAACUGCAGAGGGACACUGGACUGGAGUGAUGGGGGGGAGAGUGUGGACUCUGACUCAAACAGAUGACACUCUUUGGUACCACGUCUAUGCAAACAAUGAGAAGCACAAGGAGAGAGAUGACAAGAAGAAAGUUUGUGUACCUCUCCCGGAGGAAAACAGGACUGAAAAGAAAUGUAAAGGUGCUCUGAUUAAGGAAGAAGGAGAGCUACAACCUAUUACCGCUGAACACAACGAUGAUGUGGAAGCAGAAAUGCUGAGAGACUAUUUCCAGCUUCAUGUGAAGCUGCGGGAUCUAUACAAGGACUGGGGAUCAGCUGAUUGCCACUUCAAGAAGACUGCAGAGAUCUUCACUGGUGUGCGAAUGCUGCGGCAGGACCCCACUGAAUGUCUGUUCUCUUUCAUCUGCACCUCCAACAACCACAUCUCCCGUAUUCAGGGCAUGGUGGAGAGACUGUGUCAGGCUUUGGGCACUCCACUCUGCCAGCUGGAUCAUACUUCUUACUACGAUUUUCCUACCGUAUCUGCACUUGCAGACAGCAGUGUAGAGGGAUGUCUCAGGGACCUCGGCUUUGGGUACAGGGCUCGAUUCCUUCAGCAGAGUGCGAGGCAGAUUUUGGAUACCCAUGGGCUCCAGUGGCUAGAAGGUUUACGCAGAGUUCCGUAUCUGGAAGCCCGUGAUGCUCUUCGGACUCUACCUGGCGUUGGCACCAAGGUGGCAGACUGUGUAUGCCUUAUGUCUCUGGAUAAGUCAGAGGCUGUACCCAUAGACACACACGUAUGGCAGAUUGCUAAGCGGGACUAUAAGUAUGCCACGAAUAAUAGACAAAAAACACUCACAGACAAACUCCACAAAGAGAUCGGGGAUUUUUUUAGAGAGCUGUGGGGUCCAUACGCUGGAUGGGCACAUUCGAAGUUCCAGAGCCUCAAAGAAACAGCACAUCUGAAGCAGCCAAAGAAAGAAGAGGACAAGGGAAUAUGCAAGAAAACAAAAAUAAAGAGAGAGCUUGAUGGAAAUGGGACAAACACAAAGACCAAGUCAGAAUGUCAGAAAAAGGCAAAGUUGUCAGUAAAGAAAGAGAGGGUAACAUGAGAUAAACAAGCUGCUUAUAUCAGAUCUAACAGACACUUUGCUGAUUUAGCCUGAUUGGAAGACCCAUUGAAAACUCUUGAAAAUGAGGCGCCUUGGCUCAGUGAGUUAAACCUGUAAAAAUAAAGGUAAAAUUUAAGAAAAUAAUAAUUACAUUUUCUCAAACAUGACACAUCUUAUUGUGCAAUAUCUCAGGGUUUUCUUCUUUACAUCUUUUUACUGUUGCCAUUUCUUAUUGUUAUUUCCUAUGAGCUCAUUACUUCCAGUGCAGACAUUGAUUUUUUUUUAAUAAUUAAAAAAUAUAUUUUUGUAUUUUGUGUAUGUAUUUUCAUUGAAAAUAUCCAAACAGUCCAAAAGCCCACUAUAAUAAAACAUUGCUGUUGUGUUGGCUCUUAGAGACACACGUGUUGCCAACAGUGGUCUGUAGGGGGCAGCACAUAUUGUAAAAUAGUGCUCUGUAGGAUAAUUAUGGUCCACUGCUUUAGGCAGCUCAUUUUGAAUUAUUUGAAUUAACAAAUUGUAGUCUUUACCUCUGUGAGUAAAUUUAAUCAAGCCUCCUGGCUUUUGUUCCACCAUGUCCCAA